GGUACGCUAUAGAACUCCCGUUUGGUGAUCAGAAAGAAGCUUUCGCUAAUAUAUCGAAGACUACUGUAUCGUCUUAAACAAAUAGUUAAUGACAGAUGAACAGCCAUGCCAUCCUGGGCACCACAGAUCGUGAUCGUGGCAUUAUGUUUAGGUCAGAUUUUUAAAGCUGAAGGGGAGCGAAUGUCUUGUAUGGAUGCUCGUCUGGAAUGCCAAAGUGAUGAAUUCUGUAAGCUAGGGCUCAUGGCUAUCAAUGUACACUGUGGGAACGUGGACGGUGGAAGAUGUGAAGCAACUGCAUUGGGUCUUCCAACAUGUCUGAUGAUGUUACAAGAUUCCAGAAUACAUGGAAUCUUUGGAGGUUGUUUCUGUGAUCCUACCAGUCCACAGUAUGCAGCAUGUCGUUAUCAUCAACGUCUGAUCAACUCUAAUCCGUGUAUGAAUGCUACAGGUUCAUUCCACCCUCCACCAACCAAUUCAGCUGAACCAACAUCAGCGACAUUACCCCCAUCAGCCAACUGCUUCAAGACUCUCAAGGCAUGCAAGGAAGAUACUGUUUGCCAUCAGAACCUAGAGCACUUCUACGAUGCAUGUCCCACUCGCAGACACGGCACAUGCAGACUUUCGUCACAAGCUGGACGUGUUGAAUGUACGGCAGCACACGGCGUCUUGGAUUCCAAACUCUUGUACUGCACAUGCGAAGAGAACAAGACCAAAUGUAAACGUCAAAGAAAACGGAUUCAGGAGAAUCCAUGCGUUAUUUCAGAGCCGAUGUCUGCAGAUGUCACAGAUCCUACUCCUCAUGAACUUACUGUAGUUGAGACUGUAAAAGGUGGAGAAGAGGAGGAGUUGGAGCAAUCAGAUGACGAAUGUCCUGUAGAUGAAACUAAUCUUGUAAUUGGACCAAGUGGGGGCUAUAAUAAUGGAGAGAGUACGUGCAAAGAGGCACUGACUGAGUGUACAAGGAAUGAAAUGUGCCGUCAAGACUUCAGUGAGCUCAUCACACAGUGUAACCCGCAGGAAAUCGAAGAGUACUGCGACCGUUCAGCCUGCAGAAGCAUAGUCCGCAAGUUCUUCACGGACACUUCGCCCAUCUACACACACGGCUUGGUGUUCUGUCAUUGCCAGGAAGGUGACUUACCAUGUGCGACCAUCCAGAAGGGGUCCAAUCCUACCUGCGCUCGAUCUGGUAUAGAGAACCUUGAUUGCCUUGACGUGGUUGAACAGUGCAACGAGGAUUCUUACUGCCGGUCAGCUUAUAGGAACUACCUUGAAUUGUGUAAGCCUUCAGAUGAUGAGAGUGGUUGUACCUACAGCUACGGAGCAUGUCGUUCUGCCAGAGUAGCCAUAAUUGGUACCAUCAUGGGAUCAAGUUGUUCCUGUGAUAGUAACAACACGGACUGCCGGUACCAUAUGAGGAUGUUCUUUGAUAAUGCAUGUUACGACCUUGCCGCUAAAGGUUUCUACUCUUCGGUCGCACCCACGGAACCUCCUGAACUGUCUGCAACAGUAUGCAUUGUAAACAGCAGUCAGAACGGAGUGCCAUACAGAGUCAAGCCAGGAUCUUACGCAUUGGUCUCGUUUGAUGGUAGAUGCUACUCUCUGUGUGUUUGUGUUUAUAAUGGAAACAUGGAAAAUUGUGUUUCACAGCCCUGCCCAGAAGACGCCCAUUGUUUAGUCAACAACAUAGAAUUUAAAAACAAUGAAUUAUUCUCUCAUCCGUCGUAUGGACAUUGCAUAUGUUUGACUGGAAAAGUUCUUUGUACAAGCAGACACGGGACAGGCUCAUCAGGAAAACAGACACAACACGUAUCUCCAAGCAUCAGCAUAGCUUACGACAGUGUAUCUUUGGAUCAUCUCAACUCUCAGCUAGAUGAAUCUAUUGGAGAUAGUUCUAUUAUCAGUGAUUUACAAACCAUCUUAGAUCAUCAGGAACCGGUACCAUGCCAGUUGCAACUAUUGGAACAUACGGAUAAUACUAUUCUCAUAUCAGUGUAUUACACAGAUAAUAUGAACUCCUGCUUCAAUCAGCUAUAUAGAUUAUCAAAUAUGAUCAACUCAAAGCACCCUGCAAUCACCCUGAAUCCUGUACUCAGUAGUCUGAAGAUCGCUACAGUGGAGCGAGGAACUUAUGAUACAGACCAAAAGGGACAAGCGUCACCCACACGUCUCAUUUCUAAUUCACUCUUGUCGUAUGUUGUCGUUGUAAGUCUUGGCGCGAUCUUUUCACUGUCUUGUCGGACUGCUUGAUGUGUCGUAUACCGUCGCUUUCGAUGUUUUAUGUAAGAGAGAAGACACUACAGAAGAGCGCCAUAUUAUUCCAAGACAUAAUUCUUUAUUUCUUCUAAAUCAGUUUUGAUCGAUAUCUCAACAAGAUCAUGGAGACUGUGAAAAUAUGUGAGGAUGCAUGUAAAUGAAAAACAAUUUGUUUUCAUUAAUCUAAUCUAACGGAAACGAGCAAAGUCAAUAGCCUACCUCAUUGGAUGUGAAGAUGCUGAAAGACCUUUCAUCUCGUAAUUUCAUCGGUGAAUCAUGAUUGUGAUAAGACCGAUUGUGAGUACUGAAUAAUCAUGAAAAUAUAAACUGAUAUGCUGGUUGAAAUAACGUGCGGAAAUGUCGACUCCGAAGCAAAUCUUGGUAGUGUUUCACAAAAGGACAUGUUUUAUCCGACAUCUUGUGUGCUUUUCAUCGUCCGAGUAACAGCUAGUGAGACUCCUGCGUUUAUCGACCAAUCAAACUCACGGAGGUUGUUAGAUCUGGCCACUGUAUAAUGUCAGGCAUGACGGGGAAAUGCUCUCGCUUGACGGCGUAGGGUUUUAACACAGUGGCGUAAUGAGCCCCAAAAAAUUUGAGGGGGCCACACAUGGCGUAUCGGACAAAAUCUAUAAAAAAAAAAAGUUGCUCGCAAGCGAAGCGGAUGAGCAAAAACUUCGACAUUUUUAUCACAAAUAUCAAAUUUUGAGAUAGAUUUUGACAUGAUAUUCAGAAAAUGCUAUCAUAAUUUACCCCUCUCUCUUUACUUUCCUUUUUUUUCUUGGUUGUGAAAAUUUUAUUUUGUAAGGGGGCGGGAAGUGCCCCCAUCUGUACGCCACUAUUUUCACAAAUCAGUUCGUAUAAAGAAACACACACUGAUCUCUAAACAGUAAGACAAGACUUAACGAAUGACCCAUGACAAUUAGAAAGCCUAAAAGACAUCUCGGUAAAUUGGCUGACGUUUGAUAUGAUAUUGCUUAUCUACCAUUCUCCUGAAUAAAAAUGGUGCUUGAUAAUGUUGGUAUCGGGAAUCUCGACAAAAUUGCAGCUCAAGUUCGCGCUCUAGCAUUCCUAAAAUGUCCCUUUUCAUGGGUGUUUCAAGAAAGGUCUUGUUGGAAUUUUUAUCUGAAUAUCCCUUUAUCAAAUCAGUUUAUGAGAGAAAAUGAGAAUGCUUCGCACAAUCAAUAAGUGACUCAAUCAAUUUUUGUUCGUUCCGUGACCCAUUACGCCACUGUUGACCGUUGCUAUGACAUGAUAAUCAACGGUUACCAUAACGACAGUUAUACAUAGAACCAGAUCUGAAAAUUUGUCAGAAGACAAACCAAACGCUUCCCCGACAGGUUGUCAGUCGAAAAGCGUUAAUAAAUAUGUCCCCGUUCAUUGGUUGUCUUAAGUGUGGAUAUUGUUGUUUGUAUAAUUUCACCUAUGAGGAUGAUUUAUCAAACAGCAAACUUUGAUAGGAUCCACAUCGCUACUGCAGCCUACACUUGGUUACGCCUCGGGCGUUUCGGAACUACUUCAAAGGCACAAUGUGUAAUUGAUCUAAAAACUUACAUUUUAUGUGAAUUUUUUUUUAAACACGUCAAUUGACAUUGCUUGAAAUACAGUAUUACUUUGAUAAAACAUUGUUUUUUCCAAAAUAUAUAAUCACUGAUGCAAGAGAGUGAGAAUAUUUGUUAAACUCAGGAACAAAAUAAUGCUGAAGAUAAAGUGCUAGAAAAGAAAAAUACAAGAAAGAUAAAGCCUGAAUAUUGAUGCCUUCAUAUUGUCUUACUUUGACAGAAUAUGACAAAACGUAUAUUUUUUGUAAUCUAAUUUACUCAGCUAAGUUCAAAUUUCAAGUGUCGUUGUCUCAUUACUAGUGCAGAUUUAUAGGAAAUGCCAAAGAAUUAAAAAGAACAUGACUGUUUUAAAAUUCAUAUAAUACUCUAAGCUUGCUGGAUGUCUAUACAUGUAUAAUGUAUUUGUAAUCGACUGUAUUUUAAAUUGUCAUUUUGUGUAAGUGCGACAUUUCUCGUAAGAAAUUAUAACGUUUUCAUGAUUAUGUUAUGUGUCAGAAACAUAAAUUAAAGGUUCAUUAAGAAACUUAAGUGUGAGAAAUUAUAUUUCACAUCUGGACUGAGGUGUCGUCGUCUUAUUCUUAUUCUUCUGUUUCUUCUUCUUCUUCUUCUUCCUCCAUCCCUUCCUCGUCAUCUUCCUCAUCUCCUCCUCCUUCUUCUUCAGUGUGUUGUCGAAAUGACUUUACGAUUUGAUGUUGUGAACACUGAUCGUAUAUAGCUCUUAUGCAAAGUGAUUUACAGAUCUGUUAUCGAGCUUUCAUGAAAAUUAUUCUCAUGCAGUAAGAUUAGCCACACAUUUUUAUUUAAUCAUAUUAUAUUAUAAUAAAAUCAUAUUUCUUAAUCAGAAUG